CACUCUCAUCACUGCACUCGUUUCCUUCACGUCUCUCUCCCAAAUUCAAAAUUCCUCAGCGUAACGAAUCUGUGAUCGCCGUCGUCAUAAUUCAAAGCAAUCCGUGAUCCAUUGCAUGAUCGUGAUUUUGGGAUUUCUACUCUCAUGGCGAACCCAGACGUUAAAGAGAUUCUCUGCGAUUGUGUUAUAAACUUGAGAGAGAAUCCGAAGAGGCGAAGGGAGACGGUUUACGUCGGAUGUGGUGCUGGAUUCGGCGGCGAUAGGCCACUGGCCGCUCUCAAACUGCUUCAGAGUGUCGAAGACCUUAAUUAUCUUGUCCUUGAGUGCUUAGCCGAACGCACUUUGGCUGAUCGCUGGCUUUCUAUGGCAUCUGGCGGUGUCGGCUACGAUCCUCGUGUUUCAGAGUGGAUGCAUUUGUUACUACCUGUGGCUCUGGACAAAGGCACUUGUAUAAUCACUAACAUGGGUGCAAUUGAUCCCUCUGGGGCUCAGAAGAAAGUUCUCGAGGUAGCCAGUAAAUUAGGUCUCACAAUUUCCGUGGCUGUGGCUCAUGAGGUGCACUUUGAAACAGGCUCGGGUUCAUCUUUUGGCGGUCAAUAUUGCUCCGCAGGGGGUACUAGCACUUAUCUUGGUGCAGCUCCUAUUGUUGAGUGCCUGGAGAAGUACCAACCAGACGUGAUAAUUACUUCAAGAGUGGCUGAUGCCGCCUUAUUUUUAGCACCAAUGGUCUAUGAACUAGGUUGGAAUUGGAAUGACUUGGAGCUGCUAGCUCAGGGAACUCUUGCUGGCCACCUUCUAGAGUGCGGUUGUCAGCUCACUGGUGGAUACUUCAUGCAUCCAGGUGACCAGUAUAGAGACAUGGCUUUCCCUCUUCUCCAGGGUUUGUCACUUCCUUAUGCAGAAAUUGGCUAUGACGGUAAAGUAUGUGUAUCAAAGGCUGAAGGUAGUGGUGGAAUUUUAAAUACCAGUACUUGCGCCGAGCAACUUCUGUAUGAAAUUGCUGAUCCUAGUGCCUACAUUACACCUGAUGUGGUAAUUGAUAUUCGAGGCGUUUCUUUCCUUCCCCUGUCAGACUGCAAAGUACAAUGCAGUGGAGCAAAACCAUCUGCUAACACUUCCGUGCCUGAGAAACUCUUGCGGUUAAUUCCAAAGGAAUGUGGUUGGAAAGGUUGGGGAGAGAUAUCUUAUGGAGGACAUGGUUCUAUUCAACGUGCUAAAGCUUCAGAGUUUCUGGUUCGAUCUUGGAUGGAAGAAACCAUUCCUGGUGUUAACCACUGUAUUCUUUCUUAUGUGGUUGGGCUUGAUAGCUUGAAGGCAACAAGCAACGGCACUGAAUCUUGGCAGUCAUGUGGAGAUAUUAGAUUACGUAUGGAUGGUCUUUUCAAACUGAAGGAACAUGCGGUCCAGUUAACGAAAGAGUUUACUGCUCUAUACACAAAUGGGCCAGCUGGUGGUGGUGGAAUUAGUACCGGACACAAGAUGGAAAUUUUUCUUGAAAAGCUUUUGGUUAGCCGUGAAUCUGUAAUGUGGAAAACUGGACUUCAGCACACCAACACUUCAGAGUCAGAGACCCCUGAACAUCAUUCUCCAGUUGCUCGAGAGAAAAUCGGAAAGAUCCCUAAGGAAAGUCAAGAUAACCUUACAAUGAGAGGCUAUCAAUCUGGAUUUCAUCACUCUCCUGCUCCAUCUGGCCAAAAGAUCCCACUCUACUCUGUUGCUCAUAGCCGGGCUGGUGAUAAAGGAAACGACAUAAACUUCUCAAUAAUCCCACAUUAUUCCCCAGAUAUUGAGCGUCUGAAACUCAUAAUCACUCCUCAAUGGGUAAAGCAUGUGAUGUCAGUUCUGUUAUCAACCUCUUCGUUUCUGGAAAUUGAUGCAAAACCAGUCGAUGAAAAUGUGUCAGUAGAGAUAUAUGAUGUUGAAGGCAUUCAUGCUAUGAAUGUUGUCGUAAGGAACAUAUUAGAUGGUGGAGUCAACUGUUCCAGGAGGAUCGAUCGACACGGAAAGACAAUCUCAGAUCUCAUCCUGUGUCAACAAGUUGUGUUGUAAGACUACUUUAACUUUGCAUAUCAGAUUUUUCUAUUCAAAUAUAUUGUAUGGUAAUAUGUUAAUAAAAAGGGUGACUUGAACUACACUAUAAUUCUAAAAGAUAAUGGAAAAAGAAUCGACUUAGUGGUGCUUCA